AUGAAUCAAACAUCAAUUCUUCAAAUUAAUUCUGAACAUAAACUGCGUUCUGAAAAUCUUCCAUUUGAUAUCGAUGUUUGGUAUCCUCUCGUUGAACAAUUCACAUUUCCUUCUGUUUUUCUUCCGUUAACGCGUCUUGAAGCCAUGGCAAUUUUACAUUAUCAAGAAACUCGAUAUUUGAGUCGUAUUCACCUUACAAAUGAUGAUAUUACAACUCUUAGACAACUCGAACAUAAAAUUGAUCAUGAAUUGAAGCAACCACUACUCGCUGAAACUGGUGCAUUUUUACGCUUAUGUGGUCGUAGCCCAAAGGAUGGCGAACCGUUAAAUCAUAAAAAUGUUAUCGAAAAAUAUGAAAAAGAAUUGCAGAAUCUAAUUGAUAAUGACAGUGCCGUAGAAACAGAUCCUAAUACAAAACUGAGAGCAAUUUCUCGCGUUUCUUAUUUAUGUGUUCGAAAUGGUUCAGAAGCAAUGAGUUUAUUAUUAAGUAGUGAACGCGUCUAUACGGAUUUAAACGACUGGAUUGAAUGGGGUGAACCAGAACAAAUUGUUUUACGACGAUUUGAGAAUGAAAUGUCGCUUGAAUACGAAUUUCGAGCGUACAUUAAUAAUCAUCAAUUAAAUGCUAUUUCUCAAUAUGAUCAUUACACAAUUUAUCCAAAUUUGUUUAAAAUAAAAGAGCAGAUAAAAGAGAAAAUAGUCGAUCUAUGGCACCAAGUUCAUUCGCUUAUUGGUGAACAAGCUUAUGUGAUCGAUUUUGUUUAUUUAGCUAAAACAGAUCGAAUGUUGGUUAUUGAACUUAGCCCAUUUCGUGUAUGCACAGGUUCAGCAUUAUUCUCUUGGAUCACAGAUAAUGACGUUCUUAGAAAUCGUCCAUUUGAAUUUCGUUUAUAUUCAAAAUUACAUGCUAACAUUCAAGAUAUCAUAGAAGUGAAUUGGUAUGAACGAUGGUGUAAACAUUUACCAAAAUAUUGGGAAUUGUAUGACAAAUUUGAACAAAAAUCGAGUCUAUUCAGUUGGAUAUUUCAAUUAAUAACUGAAACUUAUCGAAGACCAAAUCAUUUAUUAUUAUUUGUUUACGGUACGCUUAAACGAGGCUUUCAUUGGAAUAAAAAAUUUUUGAGUCAAGCUAAAUUUAUCAGCAAAGCAGUUACUACUACGCCCAUCCCAUUAGUGAUUGGAGAAUGUGGUGUUCCUUAUUUGCUACUCGAUCAUUAUUCAUCUAUGAAAUGUGUUAAAGGCGAAAUAUGGACCGUUGAUCAGAUGACAUUAUGUGGAUUGGAUGAAUAUGAAGGUGUUAACAAAGGAUAUUAUACUCGAAAAACAGUUAACGUGAAACAAGUGAAUAAUAACAACGAAGAUGAUGACAGUAAUACCAUAUUUGAAGCAAAUGCCUAUUUCAAAGUGGCAUCUUCCGAACAAUUAACCAAAGGUCCGUUUUUAGACGAAUACACAUUAGAAUAUCACAAAACGCAUUAUAAACCAAUUAGGCAUAUACAUGUUAAACAAUUACAAUAUUUAGGUGAAGCAGAUGUACAUGAACAAAGUUAA